AUGCUGCUAAGGGGCGUCCUCUUGGCGGUGCAAGCCCUGCAGCUUGUCCGGGCCUUGGACCUGCCCGCGGGGUCCUGUGCCUUUGAAGAGAGCACUUGCGGCUUUGACUCGGUGUUUGCGUUUCUGCCAUGGAUUUUAAAUGAGGAAGGGCAUUACAUUUACGUGGACACCUCCUUUGCCAAGCAGGGAGAGAAAGCCGUGCUGCUAAGUUCUGACUUACAGGCUGAGGAAUGGAGCUGCCUCCGCUUGGUCUACCAGAUAACCACGUCUUCAGGGUCUCCAUCAGAUCCCAGCCAGCUGAACCUCUAUGUGAGAUUUGAAGAUGAGAGCUUUGAUCGCUUGCUUUGGUCAGCUAAGGAACCUUCAGACAGCUGGCUCAUAGCCAGCCUAGAUUUGCAAAACAGUCCCAAAAAAUUCAAGAUUUUAAUAGAAGGUGUACUAGGACAGGGAAACACAGCCAGCAUUGCGCUCUUUGAAAUCAAGAUGACAACUGGCUACUGUAUUGAAUGUGACUUUGAAGAAAAUCAUCUCUGUGGCUUUGUGAACCGCUGGAAUCCCAACGUGAACUGGUUUAUUGGAGGAGGAAAUACUCGGAACUCCCACUCCAUUCUCCCACAGGAUCACACCCUCAAGAGUGAAUUGGGCCACUACAUGUACGUGGACUCAGUUUAUGUCAAGCACUUCCAGGAGGUGGCACAGCUCAUCUCCCCGAUGACCACGGCCCCCAUGUCUGGCUGCCUGUCAUUUUAUUACCAGCUCCAGCAGGGGAAUGACAACAUCUUCUCUGUUUAUACUCGGGAUUUGGCAGGCCUUUAUGAGGAAAUCUGGAAAAGCCAUUCAGGGAAUCCUGCCUGGAACCUUGCAGAGGUGGAGUUCAGUGCUCCGUACCCCAUGGAGGUUAUUUUUGAAGUUGCUUUCAAUGGUCCCAAAGGAGGGUAUGUUGCCCUGGAUGAUAUUUCUUUCUCUCCUGUUCACUGCCAAAAUCAGACAGUCCUUCCUUUCAGUGCCUUGGACGCAAGCUGUAAUUUUGAGGAAGAUCUCUGCAACUUUUACCAAGAUAAAGAAGGUCCGGGUUGGGCCAGAGUGAAAGUGAAACCAAACAUGUAUCGAGCUGGAGACCACACUACAGGCUUAGGGUAUUACUUGCUGGCCAACACGAAGUUUACAUCUCAACCUGGCUACAUUGGAAGGCUCUAUGGCCCUUCCCUACCAGGAAACUUGCAGUAUUGUCUACGUUUUUAUUAUGCCAUCUAUGGGUUUUUGAAAAUGAGUGACACUCUAGCGGUUUAUAUCUUUGAAGAGAACCAUGUGGUUCAAGAGAAGAUCUGGUCUUUGCUGGAGUCCCCAAGGGGUGUUUGGAUGCAAGCUGAAAUCACCUUUAAGAAGCCUAUGCCUACCAAGGUGGUUUUCAUGAGCCUAUGCAAAAGUUUUUGGGACUGUGGGCUUGUAGCCCUGGAUGACAUUACAAUACAAUUGGGUAGCUGCUCAUCUCCAGAAAGACUUCUACCUCCACCUGGAGAGUGCACUUUCGAACAAGGUGAAUGUGCAUUUACUCAGGAGAAAAGGAACAGGAGCAGCUGGCACAGGAGAAGAGGAGAAACUCCCACCUCCUACACAGGACCAAAGGGAGAUCACACUACUGGGGUAGGCUACUACAUGUACAUCGAGGCCUCCCACAUGGUGUAUGGACAAAAAGCACACCUGUUGUCUGGGUCGCUGCGAGGCGUCCCUGGAAAACACUGCUUGACCUUCUUCUACCACAUGUAUGGGGCAGGGACUGGCCUGCUGAGUGUUUAUGUGAAAAAGGAAGAAAAUGGUGAAGAGUCGCUCUUAUGGAAGAGAAGAGGCGAACAGAGCAUCUCCUGGCUGCGGGCACUGAUCGAGUACAGCUGUGAGAGGCAGCACCAGAUAAUUUUUGAAGCCAUUCGGGGAGUGUCAAUAAGAAGUGAUAUUGCCAUUGAUGAUGUUAAAUUUCAGGCAGGACCCUGUGCAGACAUGGAAGAUACAACUCAAUCAUCAGGAUAUUCUGAGGACUUAAAUGAAAUUGAGUAUUAAGAAAUGAUCUGAAUUGGAUUAACUAAACAAAAGCCGUACCUCUCUGAUCAACUGAAAACAAAACAAAUGAUUACUGGACAGUCUUAACCAUUUCAUAAGUUAUAAAAUGACUUCAG